ACAAGGAUAAAUAGUGCAAAUGUUGUCCGGUUUAGGGGGAAAAUUUAGAAGUUAGUUACCUGUUUGGGAGCCGAAAGAGUCGACUCUUAUUGCUGAGCUGAACCAAAUGACCUGACUCACUGAAAAGAGCCGGAAUUCAGGGGCUGCACUGUUUUCGUGCACGCGCUCCGCUGCUGUCUAGCGUCAGGUUGGCAUAGCAACGGUCCUGCUACAACCUGCGCACUGUGAGCUUUAUUCGGUUCCUCUAGUUUUACCUUGUUUAUGUAAUCGCCCUUAGCUUGAAGAUGUGUUAAAUAUACCUAAGGGGAACAUUCCAGUGCACUGUUUGAACACUUUGUGUAGCGUUGAGUAGGCUUGUUGGUAUUUUUGGUCGUUUGUUUAUCCUUUUAUUGCGGUUAGACCAGCUAAUGACUGACGUUAGCUACCGACUUGUCUGUAUAAUAAAUAAUAUAGACAUUAUAUAUGUCUAUAUACACGUCAAAUAAUGACCUUGUUAGAUUUAAAUUUCAAAGUAAAUCCAACAAGCAACAAGUGUGUGUUUUAAAGCUCAACGCAAAGUGAAUUUGUUAUUGUAAAUAUAUCGUUUUAGACACAUUACGUUUGAAACAUCUGGAAAUGUUCAAGAACGAGUAUCAGGGUGGUGCUGUUGUAGAGGUCUUCAGUGCACAAGGAAAAGAUCCCGUGGCAAAAUGGAAACUUAGCGGCCAGCCGUCAAUAAGCAAGAUGUUCGAUAAAGAAAUGAAAGGUUUUGUGUACAGCCUUGAAGGCAGCAGUCAAACACAUAGGAUGCAGUUACCCAAAGAUGGAAAGACACCUCUUGUCCUGAUUCAGAAGUUCCUGGUCCUGCAGGUGAAUGUUCCUUCUGGUAAAGACUUCUCAACUGAGCUUGUUGUUACAGAUCAAGGGCACCUGAAGCGAAGGCUCUACUUGUCCACUGUCCACAAGGAGUUCUCAGCUACCCCUCUGCAUGCCAGAAUACCGCUUACCUGCCUCAGACGAAACAUUUGGUGUAACCUGUGCAUUGACCUGAGCUCAUUCACCGCUGAGCUGUUCCGAGGAGCUGCAUUCCUGUCUCUGGAUGGCAUCAUAAUCUCAGCCUGCUGUAAAGUCAGGCGUAUCUUCACCAUGAGGACUGAACCUGCGGACCAUGUGGACAGAGAUCCUUAUGACAUAAGAAAUGAUCCUAAAGAGGAGAUUCCUAAAAGCUGCCAGUUUCCUUCCGAGGUUCAGCACAUUACACAGCUAAUGAAUAUGGAGAGACUGAGACACGCUGAUCUGAGAAGUGCAUCUAUCAACUCGGAAUCUGAACAGCUGAACACUGGGAGAGCUUCUCGGGGUCCUAAAACACAGGACUGCUCCCAUAUUGCUUUCGGUUCGAAAGUCACAGGACGCCCUCCGCUCACUGCAAGAAAAGGCAGUUCGUUAGCAAAUGUGAGAGAACACAAAGCUCAUUCAGGGAGAAGUGGAAGACUAAAGACACAACCACCAGCUGAGCAGGCAUCUUCUGAGAGAACAGAGUCUGGGAGGCCAAAGCAGAUUCAUAAUGCUGGGAAAGAGAGAAUAGUUACACAUCAGACAUGUAGUUCAUAUUCUCCUGAGCCAAUUCCCAGACCUUCAGAAUGCCUGAAUGAAUCUCCAUCUGAUUCACUCCCUGAAUUGCAUAUUCUUGAGAAUGGAAAUGCCACCAGAAGGACUUCAACUCCAAGUCUGGAUGAAGCUGAAGAAGAGGAUGGAGAGGAGGUCUUUACUUUUUCUUCAUAUCCUCACUCAGCCAAAAGGGUUCAACCUUUCCGCGAGGACUUUGAGGGUUUAUCUUCUGACCUUAAAGGUGAUGACCUGGGGUGGGAAGGAGAGCGGAAAGAGGCAUGUUUGGAGGAUGACUUCAUUGGGAGUGAGGGUGAAGAGGAUCAGAGCUUCUUUGGAUUCUUCUCUCAGAGAUUUGCAGCACACACCAAUCCUGCUCCUCCUACCCUGGCUUCUGUUCCCAUUCCCAGAUCUACCUCUUCACCCAGGCUUUGCACUGAGCCAACUAAGGCCUCUACUGUUACACAUACAUCCACACAGUCUUCCUCAGAGGGGUCCCGAAGGACUGAGAUGGUAUGUGUGGCACCGACCCGCUGUCUCUCACCUUGCACUGCCAAACUGCGGAGCAGACAGGAACACUCUGGACCUGAGCGAAGCAGGCCUGAUGGAGAUAUGAGGACAUCCAUUAAUAGAAGAUCUGUUCGAGAAAUUCCCCCUGAGGAUGUGAAGCUCCACGAGGUGAGGGAGAGCAUGAGGAGGAUGCCUGUGGGCUCCAGCACAUGUGAUUUAUCUAAGAAAGCAGAGCAGGAGGAGGAUGAAGAAGAAGAGCUUCGGAUGUUAGCUAGCCUAAAAAGACAGCAGGAAGAGGAGGAGGGUGGGACCUGUGACUCAGGCCUCAGUGCUUCACAGGUCCAGCAGUGCAAUGUCAGCCUGAGUAUGAGCAGUGAUGACACUUCUACAUGGACCCAGUGUAUCCCUCUAGUGAGUGGCCAUCUGCACAUGCACAUGGGCAUGUCCUCUGGUGCAUCUGAACAGGGCCAGUACUACCAGAAAGAGAUGAAUCCACUUCUCCACUCUAAUCCCAGGGAAUGGAUGGAUGUACUCAGCCCUCCGAUAAUUCAUCCUAGACAACAGCAGACUGAGAGCAAAGGAGACCACAGCAACAUAUCCACCAAAGGGUCUGUGGCUAAGGAGAACUGCAGCGAGGACAAGUUUCUCAGUCUGCUCUAUGAUUCAUGUCUGAACUGCUACUUUGAUCCUCAGACUGGGAAGUACUAUGAGCUGAUCUAAGUUCGAUGAAAUCAAGGAGACUGAUUCAUACAGUCUGACAGAACAAUAUAUUUCAGAUAUCAUAUAAUAACAGGCACACAAUUAAAGCACAAUUAAAAAUUAAUAUUUUGAAAAUAAUUUUGAACUGUUUUAGCUUUAUUUAGGUUGUUUUUUUUAUUAAGGCAAGACACUACAGGUAGAAAUGACAAUUUUGGUCAGGUCAGUUUGAUUUUUUUGGAUAAAUUGCAUCCAUAUUUUCUCUUUAAACUAUAGCAAUAUACAGAUCAAAACUCAACCAUAAAAUAGUUUUGUCAACUUGUGACCACUGUAUUAUCUGAAACUUUGAUUCAGGCUCAAGCUUUGCACACUUGGCACAAUCAAAUUUUGUUUCCUGAUAUAUAUGUCAAUAUAAGUAUGUGUCAUUAUGAUAUGUCAGUUUCCUUUAUAAACCUUAUACACCAUACUAACUAGAGUGGAAACACAUUAAAGCACAUUGUAUUUUUAAAACAGUUUUUCUCUAAAUCAGUUUUGUUCUAUAUUCAAAACCAAAAAUGUCUAGAUGACCUGCAUUCAUGACAUGUUCAUUCCUGUCCCUAAUUAGAAGGACAUUACAGAGGAUUUUCCCAAAAUGUUGAUUAUUGUUGGAUUUCCACUAGAUUUUAUAUUGAAAAAUUGGCAUUGAAUAUUUUUUUAUAACAGUGCAGGUUUUUUCUUAAUUAAACUAAAAAGAAAUUUUAUUUCAACAAAUGUUUCUGUAAAUGUCUUUCUCAAUUGUGAAAUAAAUAUGUUA